CUCAGUGCGCAACGUUCCUUGGAGGCGAACAAACUUCAUGAAGACCAACGCGACAACAACCACCACGACCUCCAUGUUUGGAUCCCUGCUAACUACGCCUUCAGGCAGUGAUAUACCUGGUUCCUCCGACGACACGCAGUCGACACGAUCAGAGCCCGAACCUCCCAACCCCCCUGCCAAGAAGAGAUCGCGACGGACAGCGAGGAAGCGCGAGCCGAAGCCGAAGAAGCCAAAGAUCCGCACAUACAUCCGCCGGAGGACGGAGAUCGAGGAGCUGACAGACGAGAUGAAGAAACUAAAGAAGCAGAUGGCGUACUACGAAUACAGGAACGGGGUACUCAAGCAGCGCGAAGCGUUGAUUGAAAAGGAGAUGAUGAACAAGACGAUGCGCAACGCGCUUCAUGCCCAAAGGUUAUCGUUCGCCACCACCGUAUCCAUGGUCACGCAGUUCUUCGUACGCUUCGAACUGUUCAAUUUUCUUGUCGUUUUGUGUUCAAAUUCUAAUCUGUUUUGUGAAUUUCCAGCGCGAAUCUGCUACGGAGCCAUUUGAUCUACCUGCAAGACUUAAUAAAGAUCCAUUCCAGCGUGAAGCUGCUCUGUUACGAAUGAAGAGCGAUCGACUACAAGUCGCCCACCUCUUCAUGCACCAGAGACAGCACUAUCUAUCGACGUCGGAGUUCUGCGACCGGAAGAAAUUCGAGGCGACGAAUGGAGAUCUAGUGUCCAUUCAGUUCGAGAUCAUGCCUUUACCAGGGGCACGCAGCGUCAAAAACAUCGUCGAUGCGCUCCAGUUUUUUGUCUACAAUCUAGAGAUCAGUAUAUCCGAAGCCGUGGGUGACGUCACUAUCCGCGAAAAUGACGACGCCAAGCCAGGAAGUGCUGUAGCGCAGCAUCGCCUUGUAGCUACCGUGGCUGAUGUGAUUCAGACAGACACCAACAACGUGGCGUUCGCGGAAUACCGUCCUGCUGGGCCUGGGGAGCAAGAGCUUGGACUCAUGAUCUGCGAUACAGUUGAUGAAGACGAGUUGUAUCCGUAUCGACCCGAUACUCGCGUAAGGCAGGACAUGACGCAGAUCACUCAAAUAGCGUGGCACCAGCAAGAAGUCGGAGAUCCGAUCAUUGUCAUGACCCGAUGGUGGUGCUUGAGGAUUCGAAAAUCUGACAUCUACGUGCCCCCAUUUGUCGUGGAUCGGAUUCGAACUGGUGUCGAGAAAGUUGGUGCAGCCAUGUUUGCGACGGCAAGACGAGCAGGAGGAAUGGUCAUAUAGACAACGAUCUGGGGCAAAAGCGUAACUGUAUUCUACAGGAUUUCCUUAUAGCUUCAUGAUAACCAAACAUAUUUACUCCAGUAUAUAUGUGGUAUGGUAUCUGCGGAUUUUGAA